AUGCGUUUCACUGCUGUCGCUGUUGCCUUCUUCGCCGGCCUGGCCAUUGCUGCCCCCGGUGCUGACCAGACCGUCUACGAGACCGAGGAGGUUACCAUCACCUCUUGCGCUCCUACUGUCACCGACUGCCCCGGCAACGGUGCCGGCGUUGAGCCCACUGCCAGCACCACCCCCACCAGCGUUCCCGUCGCUGUCACCUCUUCCGCCUCUUCUGCCUGGACCUCCGUCCCCACCGGUGUUGCCCCCAGCUCCAGCUCCAGCUCCAGCGCCCCCGUCGCUCCUCCUGCUGAGACCGCUCCCGGCUCCUCCGUGAUUGCCAUCACCACCUGCAUCCCCACCGUUAUCUACUCGACCGUCCCCGUUGCUCCUACUUCCUCCCCCGUUAGCAGCAGCGUCAUCCCCCACGGCCCCACCGGUGGUGUCCCUCACGUGCCCUCCGGCACCAAGGGUGUUCCCUCCGGCACUGCCUCCGUUCCUGCCUCCACCUCCUCCCCUGCCUUCAACGCUGGCUCUGCUCUCAGCGGUUCCAUCGGCUUCGCCGGUGCUGCCGCCGCCGCUGCCUUCUUCCUGGCAUAA